AUGGGUAACACAGAGAGUAAUGUAACUAGUGGUGUAAAGAAGCAAGCGGGAACGUCGGAGCAAAAGUUGUAUAAGCUUGUCGACGUGAAAGGUGGAGGACUUUUGGUAGAUAUGAUGAAAAGAGCUGUCCAGAAUAAACAAUAUGCUGAAAUCGAUCACGCCAUUAAGACCAAAGUAGAACCAUUUCUGUACAAUAAAGGUAAAGGACGCUAUUGUCCUAUAUCACAUAUCGUUCUGCUGAGAAACAAGGAAAGACCUAGACAUAAGCUGUUGCCACCUUUAAGAGGUAUGGAGAAUCCGGACGAAGAGUUUGACGUAGAAAAGGACUGGCCGGCGGUAACACAAGAAGAAUAUGAUGCAAAUCCUUCUGGCUAUAGAGAGCUUUGCUGGGAUUUAAAGGAGCGUGGAGCUGUUGGUGAAACAGUACUUCAUAUCUGCCUUUUGAAUGCCUCAUCUCUACAUUCUGACUUAGCGAAGAGACUACUGAGAUUCUAUCCUAAGCUGAUCAAUGAUGUGUACAUGAGCGAUGAAUAUUAUGGUGAGAGCGUGCUCCAUAUGACGAUAGUGAAUGAGGAUUUGACAAUGGUGAAGUUCUUGUUGGACGCGGGCGCGGAUUAUCACGAGCGGUGCUAUGGGAACUUCAUGUGUCCAGAAGACCAGAAGGCCUCGCGCUCCGACUCCUUCGACCACGAAUGGGUUAAUGUUCAACCUCACACCAACUACGAUGGUUACGUAUACUGGGGAGAGUAUCCACUUAGCUUCGCGGCUUGCCUGGGGCUCGAAGAAUGCUAUCGACUCAUCCUGGCAAGAGGAGCUGACCCUGACAAGCAGGAUACCAACGGCAAUACUGUUUUACACAUGCUUAUUAUAUACGACAAAAUGAGUACAUUCGACAUGGCGUACGAAGUAGGUGCGUCUCUAAGCAUCCGUAAUGUUUUAAACCUGACACCUCUAACCCUGGCCGCGAAGCUGGCUCGUAUAGAGCUGUUUGUGCACAUCCUGAACAUAGAGCGAGAGAUCUACUGGCAGAUAGGAGCCACUACAUGCGCUGCCUACCCUCUCGGUCUAGUCGACACUAUUGAUACCGAGACUGGAUUGAUUUGUAAAGAUUCAGCGCUUAAUUUAGUCGUGUUCGGUGAGAAAGACGAACACUUGGAGCUCCUUGAUGGAAUGCUGAUAGAUCUUUUGAAGACUAAAUGGAACACGUUCGUAAAGUUUCGUUUCUACCGUCGAUUUAUAUUCUUUACGUUCUACUUCUUGGUGUCUUUGGUUUGUUUUACUCUGCGACCGGGUCCGCCUGAGAGAACAUCCGUUAACUCCACUGUUUUAAACUCUACAGUUAACGUUAACUAUACAGAAGCUACCUCAGAUGUUGAGAAUUGUACGAUAAUAAAUGGCGGAGAGUUUGACUUAAGUGCUGUGGAAGUGUUGAAUAUUAGCAAGACCGGGCCUCGUUGCAGUCACUUCAAGAGUCAUCCGAAGGAUAAAGAUAAAAAACCUCGUCGGGAGAAUGAUAUGGAGGGUUGGUGGGAAGAUCUCACGGAAGAGUGUAGACUAAUGAAUCUUGAUAGUUGGCAAGCAAAAGUCAGAAUUUCCGGGGAAUUGCUGUUGUGGGUAGGAGCGUUGGCUUACAUCGGAGCCGCAUUACGUGAAGCAAGGUUCUUAGGAUUGAAGAUGUUUUUUGAAAAUCUAAGCACAGUUCCUUCAAGGGUUAUGUUUUUGUUCUCCUGUCUAUUAAUGCUAGCGUUGCCAACAAUGAGACUCUGGUGUGCUGAUGAGGAAGAGGAUCACGUCGCUGUUAUCAUCAUGCUCACCACAGCUCCCUAUUUCUUGUUCUUUUGUAGGGGUUUCAAAACCGUCGGCCCUUUCGUUGUGAUGAUCUAUCGCAUGGUGAUGGGAGAUCUUUUGCGUUUUGUUUGCAUAUACCUUGUAUUCGUUAUGGGAUUUUCACAAGCAUACUAUGUAAUAUUCUUAUCAUUCGAUAAUCCUAACACACCGGAGGGAGUGGAUGACUCGGUCUCAAACCCCAUGCCCUCGCCGAUGGAGAGCAUAAUGGCGAUGUUCCUCAUGUCGUUGACGUCAUUCUCGGACUAUUACAGCGCAUUUGAACAUACGGAUCAUGAGAUUGAAGCAAAGUUCCUGUUCGUGGUAUAUAUGAUAAUAGUAGCGAUUCUCCUGGUCAACAUGUUGAUAGCCAUGAUGGGAAAUACCUAUCAGAAGAUAGCAGAGACACGUAACGAAUGGCAGCGGCAAUGGGCGAGGAUUGUGCUCGUCGUGGAGCGGGGAGUACCCCCGGCGCAGAGGCUAAAGCAACUGUUGACGUACAGCCAGCCGAUGGCCAACGGAAAGAGGGCGUUAGUGUUGCGAAUAAAUCAAAAGGAUGAAGACAAGGAAGAGAUGAAGGAAAUCUUAGAGAUGAAGCGAACACACGACCGCAUCGUGGCAAAGCGGAAACAACGCGAGGCGGAAAUGAAGGGGAUGAAAGGACGUCCGCCGCCGGAACCCGUCAAAGAUUAUCCUAUUAAAAAAUAA